GAGCGGGUCGGUGCUACAGUACCAGAGGGAGAAUAAAUAAACAAAAUAUCUAACAUUUAAUAAGAAUAAAAAAAAGACUAAAUGUAAAUUAAUAGCGUAAUCAAGUAAAAAUAAAGGAAGUAAAGGCACUGAGUGAAACGCUGUGUUUUUUAAGAUUAAGGGGGAGCCAUGGACGCUCUGUCGAAGGAUGCCAGCUCCUUGCUGGAGGUGUUUAAUCUGAAGCUGAACGAGUACUUGAGCGACGUGGAGAACCACCACAUGGUCUGGUUGCUGGAGAUCCAGGAGGAAGCCAGCAAGAUGUUCUGCAGCGAUUUCAAUUCUGAGCCUGAGUUGAUGCCCAAGACCCCCUCCCAGAAGAGAAAGGGCCGAAAGAGGCUGUCUGUGGGUGGGAAUGGGACCCAGAACCCCAACAAGAGGCGAAUCUCCAAAGGCAGACGGAGCAACGUACGCCGCUCCUCUGUGAAGAAGGUGCAGGUCCUCAGCCUGCUGUCGGAGGAGGUGGAGCAGGGAGGGCAGCAGGGGUCAGAGACAGAUGGGAUCAGGACCAAAAGGAUCACCCGCAAGGCAGUCCAGGCUGCCAAGGAGGCCCCUUCAGACUGCCAGGCAGGGGUAGUCCUGGCGGAGAGGAGAGUCCCCCUGGUGGAAAUCAGCAGUGUGGAGCGCCGGUCUGCAGAGCUAGCCCAGCAGGAGGGGGAAAUAUCUGCCUCCACCACGAUCUCCAGGCUGCUGCCUGCUCCGGGAGCAUCCUCUCUCGGUGUACCUGCAGUGGGAGCCCCCGUGUCUGGGGACAGCGAGGACUCGGGGCACAGUGUCUCAAAGCUGCCUGUCGUGGAGGGCAGCGAGGCGCGGGCGUCAGGGUGCGAGACCGGUGACACCCCCAAGUCUCACAAGCGGGCUUCCCGGUCCUCAGUGAGGCGCUCGAUCGGGGGCCAGCGGUCGCUGCUCAGCAUCCGGGAGAGCAUGACCCGCGAGUCCCUGCGCAGGGCCAGCCGCCGCUCCUUCCUCAAGAAGGCGGCUCUGCUGGAGUCCUCCGCCUCCAGCGCUGUGAGCAGUAAAAACUACAGUGGGGUCACUGAAGAGGAGGAAGAGCUGAAGCUUGAGGAGGCUAUGCCUGCUGCUACCCCAGAGACUCCCAUCCCAGUGAUUGAGAUCGUCGACAGCCCUCCCAAACGUCGCUUCACCCGGUCAUCCACCAGGAGCAGCACACAGGCAGAGUCCCAGGCCGCACCAGAGUCCAGCCUGGAGGCACAGACCCUGCCUUCACUGGAAGACUGCAAUCCGGAGAAGACAGGCGAAGCUCAAACAGGCCUUGGACAGAAGCCCAGCUGCAAGCGUGCUGUGAACGAGGUGGACAGCAGUACUGGGAGAGGGGCUCAGCAGGACGAGGGCCCAGCCAGCCCCAAGAAGAAAACCCCAUCCCCUCCCAGCAGGACCCAGAAUGUGAUGAAGCCCCACAUGAAGUCCUUCCUCCAAACUGUGCAGAAGAACCAGCUGCUCAUGACCCCCCUCUCUGUCGGCCGCUCCACCGUCAAGUCAUUCAUCAAGCGCACCACCCCCCUCAAGGUGGACCUCAAGACUGUCUCUGAUGAGAAAGAGAGGCAGCUUCUGGAGGUGCUGAAGAAGAAACUGGAGCAGGAGGUUGAGAGGAAGAAGAAGAUGGAGGAGGAGAAGAGACGCAAGCUGGAGGAGAUGAAGAGGAAGCGCGAGGAUCGCUUGCGGAAGGUGACUGAGGCUCGAGAGAGGGAGGAGCAGAAGGAAGCGGAGAAGAAGAAGAAGGUUGAGCAAAAGCUUGCUCAGUUUGAUGAGAAGAAUGACAAGCUGCGUGAGGAGCGGCUGGCAGAGGAGAAGGCGAAGAGGAAAUUGAACACCAAGAAGACUGAAGAGGUGGAGAGCCGGCGCAGACAGGAGGAGGAGGCGCGCAGGAACAAGAUCCAGGCUGCGGAGGAAGAGGAGCGGCUGCUCCUGAAGAGGCGUGAAGAGGAGGAGCUGGAGCGAUGCAGGAAGCAGGCAGAGGCGCGCAGGUUGCAGCUGCUGGAGCUGGAGAGGAAGAGGGAGCAGGAGAAGAUCCAGGCACAGAGGGAGCGAGCGGAGAAGGAGAAGGCAGAUGCCCUGCAGAGGGAGGUGGUACGCGCAGCCACAGAGAAGCUUGCGCUGAAGGCAGCGGAGGAGAAAGCAAGGCUGCACAAGGAGGCGGAGGAGAGGAGAAAGCUGGACCUGCAGGAGAAGCAAGUGGCUGUGAAGAUCUUCAACGUCACGAUCAACAUUGAGAAAUCUCCCCAGUCCUACCAGAUGACUCCCAAGGGAGGCAACAUGCAGAAUUUGGGUACCGAUGAUUAUGGUAUGGAUCUGAACAGCGACGAUUCGACGGACGACGAAGGGGAGCCAAAGAAACCCCUCCCGUCCUGGGCUGAGGGCAAGAGGCUGAACCAGGCAGUCAUGCACCAGUACUACAACCCCAUCGAUCUGGAGCGGCGUUUCCGCAAGGUCCUGCCAAUCAAGCUGGAGGAAAUCUUCUGCAAGAGCAAACCACGCUACUUCAAACGCACCAGCUCUGCGGUGUGGCACUCCCCUCCCAGGGGGCACAGCAACACCACCAGCAUGGGCACCUACUCCCUCGGCAAGUUCUAGCAGCAUGUGGGGGGGGACCCACUGCUCCGCAAGACACCCCUGCGCUCGGGGCUCUGGCUAAUCAAGCUCGUGUCACGCCUCGGGUGGGGGGGUGGCACUGCAUCGUCGUAUUUGUUUAGACUGUAAAUAGAGCAAUUCACUAUAGAAUUAUUAUUUUUUUUAUUUUUUUUAAGUGAGAUGCAUAGCCUCUCUAGUGAAAUGGGUCUCUGCUUUGUGUGUAUGUAUGGUGCUGGUGAACUGAGUAGCGCAGCGCUAGUUUGGAGAAUUUUGGAAAGUCUUUGCUGUGAGGUCCUGCUUGUUCUCUUAUGAAGAUUGUCAACCUUCUUAAUGAAGGAAUGUGUGGAAGAGGCUAGGCUGGGUUUGAUAGUGAGGCGCAGCGUUGGGGCUCGUUCAUCUUGUACCCCUCCCACCCCCCCCAUUUAACUUUUCUGAAAUA